AACCAUGGUACUCUUUGGUUUAAUUAAAAAUCCUAAAAAUCUCACAUUUACAUGAACGUAGGUAGUGAUUACAUACAAGUUGUUGAUUUGUUGUUUUUAUUUGGUCGGUGGAGAUGCAAGUUAGCCUGUGACCGCAAUCUCACCAUGUAGUAUGUGAUUGCUGAUUAUGCGAUCUAAGAUGGAAGCGGACUAACCUGGAAGAGUCAUCCAGCACAAUGAUGAAGACUGCAGUAACAGUGCUGCAGGAGAUGAUGGUGAAGAUGAACCAGGUGCCCGAGUACGAGUGCAUCUCACAGUCGGGCCCGCAGCACCAGGCCACGUUCGAGUACCGCUGCGUGGCGCAGGGCGUGGCGGUGACGGGCGUGGCGCGCUCCAAGAAGGAGGCCAAGCAGGAGGCGGCGCGCCGGAUGCUGCUGACGCUCCACGCGCGCGGCCUGCCCGUGCCGCCGCCCUACGCCGCGGCGCUCUCGCCCGAGCCGCCGGAGCCUAGUGAUAAUCCCGCGCUGGAGGCGGGCGGCGGCGGCGGCGGCGGCGGGGGCGCGGGCGCGGGCGCGCUGGACACGCGCAGCUACGUGGCCGUGCUGCGCGAGCUGUGCGAGGAGUACCGGCUGGGCGAGGCCACGUACGAGCUGGUGGGCGACACGGGCCCGCCACACCUGCGCCACUUCACGGUGCGCGCCGCGCUCGGCCUGCACAGCCGCACGGCCACCGCCACCACCAAGAAGCAGGCGCGCCAGCUGGCCGCCGAGCAUCUGUACACCUACCUGCGCGAGAACCUGGCGCGCCUCACCAAGGACUUCGUGGAGGAGGAGGCGCUGCAGCGCGCGCAGGAGAAGUCCGCGAGCCGCGCGCGCACCGACGCGGCGCUGGCGCGGCUGGAGGCGGCGCACUGCGGCGCGGACGCGGCGCCGGCGCGCCCCGACCUGGGCCAGCGCGUGGCCAUGUACCACCACGGUCUGCGCGCGCGCCUCGGCGAGGACACCUGCCGCCGCGGCCUCGACGCGCUGGCGCCGGACGCGGCGCCCGAGGAGCCCGAGGCGGUGCUGCAGCGCGUGUGCGACGAGCUGGGCCUGCGCGUCGAGCGCCUCUCGCUGGGCCCCAAGGUGUCGGUGGUGCGGCUGGCGCCCACGGACCCGUCGCUGACGUUCGGCGGGCUGACGCCGCGCGCCGCCGCCGCCGCCGCGCUGCGCUACGUGCGCCGCAUGCUGCCCGCACAGCCCGACGCCGCCGCCGCCCACUAGCCGCGGCCGCGCAUCACGGAUGGAGAAAGUCAACAAAUUCAAAGACUACGUCAUUUAAAUAAUUCACUAAUGAAUGGUAGAUACGAUGCGGCCGACUUAUGCGAUCAGCGGGAUCUUGACGACUUAAUAUUGUAGGUACGUAAGAUCGCCAUACGAGCGACUGCGGUAGAAUAUAACUAUAGCCUAUAUAAAUAACAAGUGCUCAGUAUGGACUAUGGAGCUUAGACUGAUGUAAAUAUCGCCUACCUACGCUGUAAAUAAUGAAUCGCUGUAAAGGUUGAACAAUAUCGGUAGACUGGCAGGUGGGUUUAAAAUAAAAACUUUCUCUGUCAUUCUCAUAAACUAGCCCCGUGUGAGAGAGAGAGAGAGAGAGAGGCAGAUAGUUUUCGUGACAUUUGCGCUAAUUGAUAGACGCUACACCAUCAGCGCAAUGCGGGAAUGUGUUACCGUGUAGGUACGUGCCCAGCUCUUGUUAAUAAUAAAGAUAUAAUUAAUAUUG